ACGACUCGGAGACACGAUUUCGUCUACAGCACUCUUUUCAUUCAGUCAUUACUGAUCGUUAAAAAUCACCUACAUUUUUUGAUUUCUUCUUAAUGACGGCAAACCAGACGGAAUAAUUUCACGGGGUGUUUAGUACCAUGAAUACGAUCUUUAAUCCAAGUAAGCUUUUUUGGUAAUAAUUUGAUAGGUUACUUUGGGGAUAAAUGCAAAAUGAUCCUCGUCAUGUGCCUUUCAAGCGUUAGCCAAUUAAAAAUCAAGUUGUCGUUCCGUGUUCUACCAUUGACGCCGAGGUUGAAAUGAGGCAAACCAGGGUAAGAUUCUCUGUAUGCCUAUUUCAACAAUUCUAUCUCAACUAAUUUGCAAACACUGUCGCUCGUUAUACUGGCUUCAUAGCAAAUAUAUUCCUGGGGUAUUUUGCGCAUGCUCACAACAAGGGUGUAUAUAACGAAAUAGGCUCAGUCCAUAUUCGAACUUUGCCAUUUGCGUGCAACACUAUAUAGUCUACCAACUACCUACCGGUACAACGAGAAAAACGAUUUUCAAUAGUCAAGAACAACCCGGAUGCAUUGCCGUCAAUUAUUCACCCAACAUCCGCGUUGAAUACCUGGAAUAACAGCUUCACUCCGAUAAUCCCAUAUUGAUCGGCUAACUGCUGUGUAUUUUUCAACCUUGACUUCUUUCUAAACGGUGAAAAUGGCGUAGGAAUGCAUGGUGAGUUGUACCUUUUUGGCAGGCCUAGAACAUCGGUUACCUGUCCUCCAAAUAGUGGUAUCUGUCAAGAGAAGAUAAACAAUUUAUCACAUCGCAAAGCGAACAGCACCUCUGCAGGAUUACGGAUUGAGCGAGUUGCAGAUUUCUCAGUUCCUCAUGAACUUUCCAAGAGCUGGCGUGAAAACAAAUAGUCUGCUUUUUUGUGUGUAAUAACUGCAAGUUUUUCUGAAGGUUUACCAAAGAUUUCUUGGCAAACUAGUAAUAUCAUAAACGAUUGUCAGAAUGGAUCUACCUAUCCCCUCGGCUACCGACGUCUUGAACAGCACAACACCAGAGACGAUGAUCUCCUUGUACACCUACCCUGAGAGAGUAGUGGUGGCCGUCUUCUUCAUUCUCAUUUCCAUCUUUGAUGUCGUUGGGAACAGCGUGGUCAUCCUUGCCGUGGUGUUCAGCAAGAAGCUCCGGACUUCUACCAACGUCUUCGUGGUCAGCCUCAGCGUGGCUGACUUCAUAGCCGGCCUGUCGUUACCCAUGAGCGUGGUGGCUCUGCUGAGCCCCGGUGACACCUGGCCCUUCGACACUGAAGCCCCGUGCUUCGUCGGCGGCCUAUUUCUCUUCAUCAGCUCCGGUUCCAGUCUGCUCAAUCUCGCCUGCAUCGCCCUGAACAGAGCCGUGCUCAUCAAGCGACCAAUGACCACGUAUCUCUGGUUGUACACCAAUCGUAACAUCGCCGUUAUGGUGGCUACCGUUUGGGCAGUUGCCAUCUUUGGUAUCCUGAUCCCGCCCUUGGCAGGCGUUGGAGGUUUUGGUUUGGACAGGGAACACCGCACCUGCAGUGAUCUCCAAAAUCUUCCUGGUGGGAUGACCUUUGACCUGAUUCAAACCAUCACCUUCUACGUCGUCCCUCUAAUGGUAAUCUUGACCUGUUACGUCAUCAUCUUCGUCCACGUGCGUCAUCAUUUCAAAACCCAAAAGGCGCGAAGCCAAGAGAACACGGCAGAUGUGGACGCAACCGCGGCCUCGUCCAGCGAGAAAGCCAAAGACCACACGCUGGAUCCAACAGCUGCUAAGGCGGCGGACGCCCGCCGGCACCGGAUCAGCCGCCAGCAGCUUCAGAUCACCGUCAAUCUCUUCACGGCAUUCUGCGCGUUUCUCGUCUGCGUGUCCCCGUAUUGCGUCACCAUGGUCGUCACGACCAACGACCGUUUCCGUCUCUUCAGCGCGGUACUCUUCCUCUGCAACAGCUGGGUCAAUCCAAUCAUCUACGGAGCCAAGCACCCGCAGUUGAAGAACGUGAUGCGCCGUUUGCUGCGAUGCCAGUACUCGCAGAUAGAAGAGCCGUCGGACACGCUGAAAGCUCUCAUGGCUUGCAAGAAACAGCAGUCUAAUGGAUGAAGCCAGCCCGGCUCUAUGGAAACAGUGGUCAGUUUUGAACUCUUAUUAUAAUAAAUCCAUGCGCAGUACGGAAUGGUUGGUCUUUGAAUAUUAUACAGCGCCAAUUUGUAAAUUUUCGUAUAUGAGAGAAAACAGAAUGUAACACAAAAAUCAUAUUUAGUAUCUUUUAUUCAACUUAGAGCAUGAGUGCAGUUUUAACAUAAUAAUUGAUAUCAUAUUCUCAUUUGUUUUUAAUGAAUCACUGAGGAAAUGUGACAUAUUUAAAAGGUGAAUAGUCUGGAUCCAACUGCAGUAUGUUUACGUGUGUAUUAUACGAUAAGUGAACACUGUACAUCAUCUUUUCAUACUGGCUUCUUGAUUUCAGUCAAAAACAUCGAAAACCGUGAACAGGAGCUUAACUGUCAUUCAGGGUUUGCUCUCUGCGCGUACGUAUAGCCUAACGAUACAUCAAAGUUCCUUUGUUUUAACUUUAAUUUUAUAAAUUCUAAGGGUUCCAGGUCGAGCAGAUAUGUCGAAUGAUGCAAUUUUUAAUCAUAGUGUAAA